GUGAAGUCAGUCAGGUAUCGAGUCCUCACUUCUCUCUGCAGCCGUGCGAAGAACAACAUCACAUCACGGCUGUUUGUGUGAAGGCUUGCUCCUGGAAGAAGUGUAAGGACACACCUGACAUCUCAAAGGAUCAUUCGGCUCAGGGAUUUUAAAGUCUGCAUUAUGACUGGUAUUUUCUCACCAGAAGCGAAGAAGAUUUGUUGCCCCUGACAGAGAGAGGAGAGAGAAGUGAAACAGCGAGGGACACUCGAGAGCUUCCUGGAGCCAGAGUCAUGCCUGUGGUGAAAGUAGAGAGCGGUUCUCCUUCUGAAAGCACUCUUCCGCUGAACGACGGUCAGAAAGGCCGUCGGAGGAAGAGACCCCUACAGCGAGGCAAACCUCCGUACAGCUACAUCGCUCUGAUCUCCAUGGCCAUCGCCAACUCGCCCGACCGCAGGCUCACUCUGGGCGGCAUCUACAAGUUCAUCACCGAGAGGUUUCCCUUCUAUCAAGACAACUCCAAGAAAUGGCAGAACUCCAUCCGCCAUAACUUGACCCUCAACGACUGCUUCAUCAAAGUCCCCCGAGAGCCCGGCCGACCCGGAAAGGGCAACUACUGGGCGCUGGAUCCCAACGCCGAAGACAUGUUUGAGAGCGGAAGCUUUCUACGACGGCGGAAGCGAUUCAAGCGCAGCGACUUCACCACGUACUCGCCGUACGUGCACGAGUCUCCCGUCUUCUCCCCGGUCCAGAUCACACGCUCGGUCUACCCCAACAUGAGCCCAGCGGCCUUCUACCAGUCCUCGCCGAGCUUCAGCGCCGCUCAGUCCAGGGUCUUCAGGAUCAACUCUCUGGUGGGGUCAGAGAUGAUGCCUCAGCAGUCCUGCCACAGCUUCAGUCCGGAGAGUUUCCAGCAUCCGUCCUGCAGCUCCAGCUCCUCCAACAACAUGUCCUUCUCCUACUCCAGCUCCGGACACGGACACGCUCAGGUAUCCUAUCCUCAAGGCAGCGGCCAGGCCUUCUGCUCGUCGGGGAGGAUGGCCAUCUCCAGUUUGUCUCCCAUCGCCGGAGAUGCUGUCGGAGACCCCUACAGCAGAACGUCUCCGGCGCAGCUGGGCUCUUUUGUUCAGUACAAUAACUCUGCAUCAGUAGGGAGCUCAGGAGCCUACAUCAGGCAUCCAGCUUACUCCGGUAACAUGGACCGGUUCGUGUCUGCCUCCUGAACAAUGUUCUCCUCUGUGAGAACCGCUGGCACACGAGAGUGAAUAUGAAAACCAUGAUAUUUAAACUGAUGUUGCUAUUGUUUGUGAUUCCAUCAGAUUCCAUGUUGUUAACCUCAAUGGACGCUUGUACAGACCUUUCCUAUUACGACAUUGUAAAAAG